AUGAUCAUUUCCAUAACAAGGUUCGACAUGCAUCGGAAUAUGCAACUAAUGCAUGAUGCAGAUGUAACCCCACAACGACACCUUGAUAUGGCGAUAAAACCGACUGAAAACAUGGCUGAGAGUGCCAUUCCGCUCGAGAUUGCGCUCGCCAUAUUCUCAUUUUGUGAGAUUGAGGCCUGUGUUGAUCUCCGGCAAGUUAGCUCUUUCUGGAACGAGGCCUUCAAACAGGCCGAUGAGAUUGUCAAACACAAGGUGCUGGGACGAAAUGCUGUGAUUCAGCCAGGAGAAGCCGGAUCGGAACUAGAGACGUGGACAGAUUGUGCCCUGGUAUUUGUGGCGCGUUUGCGCAGCUCUAAAUGGAGGGCUAUCGAGUCAGUUGAGCAGGUGGACACCCCUCCAGGGAAAAAGUCGGAAGCUCGGAUCCUGCCUGCUAUACAGGUAUAUGGACGUCUUCCGAGCGAUUUCAGAGGUCUCCUAGUUGGUUGCGAUCACUCCAAGGUCAAUGAAGAGCUCAUUUUGAAAGACAAGUACGCUAUCGAUGGACGGUCUCUGAGGGCUCGUGAAAUCAUUCCAGGGAGAGAUGAGAUGGGCAGGAUCGACUCAGUGGACGGCCACAAGGUACAAGUGACUUACAAGGACAUUUCUGUGGUUCUACCAGCAAAAAUGGCCGAAUUGACCAACAUUUAUAUGAAUGACGCUGUGAUAGUGGCUCGUUCAGGAACAGAAUGUUUUUUGUUGCCACGUGUCUCAACUGAUUUUCGAGACGGCCAGGGAUUUGGGUACAGCCAAAAGUACUACGAAUCUCCAGAGUUCUCCAACAGAUCAAGUUACAUCUCGACUUACUACCAAGAUGCUCCUCAGACAUCGCGAACGUUUCGUUUGGCUGACUUGUAUCACAAACGCAUGGUUGAUCUAUUUUCAACGUCAGCAAAUAUCGACGCUGUGGCCACUUUCAACGGGCUUGUUUGGUUUACAAAGUGCACAGGAAAGGGCCUGGCCUAUAUACCUGUGUUCCUGGACGGAACCAACAUGUACUACCGCAAAGACCGAAUGAUCCAUGGCAUAGAUGGUCGGUUUUGGGGCGAUCAGGGAAGUAAAUCACGUGACGCACAGCGGUACACGUGCUACGGAACCGAAGCAGGAGCUGAAAUCAUUGAUUUGGCUAAUGGUACCGUUACUGAUAUCGAGACGGCCGAUGAUGCCAGUCACAUAUUUGCUGGCUAUUCGAACGGCGAGUUUGGAGCAUGGUACUUUUCGUCCAAGAUGAUGGAGGGGCUAAAGAAGAUGUUGACAGUACAUACCAAGGUUGAUCCUGGAAGGGCAGAGUAUGAUCUGUCGAAGAAACCGGAGAAGGAAAGGUGGUGGAAGACUAUGAAGAUGGGCAUGACGAAGAGUAUCAGCUAG